AUGUCAAAUACACUCACACUUACAACAACAGUAGUUCCACCCAUUCCGCAUAACGAUGCAAUGAUUAGUAUAAUCAAUAAUAGUAAUAGUAAUGGUAUAUCAAAUAUAGCCUCUUCUGCUUCAUCUGCUUUUGACACGAGUAGUCCAAUACCACAAACAACAACAACAACAACAACAACAACCCCAACCAACAAUUGUAAUACUAAUAAUGAUAGACCACAACAUUCAAUAUUUCCAUGUUAUUUCAUGAAAGAUAUCAUUACCUAUUGUUGGAAGGAUAAAAGAAAUACAUUGCGAUGGAAACUAUCGAUAUCUUUGGUAUCAAAGGGAUUCUUUUACUAUGCAUCCAUGUUGUAUAGACACUUGAAUCUAUCGACCAAAUGUGAAUUACUACAACAGAAAUUGACACAACAAUGUCUGCAACAGCAACAACAACAAUGUCUUGAAAGAUUGGCUCAACAACAACAACAACAACAACAACAACAACAACAACAACAACAACAACAACAACAACAACAACAACAACAACAACAACAACAACAACAACAACAACAACAACAACAACAACAACAACAACAACAACAACAACAACAACAACAACAACAACAACAACAAACACCAUUGAUACUAUACGAACAUUUACAAUCAAAAUAUUGUCUAACUAAAAAGAUUGAAUCAUUGGUUAUUCUAUUACACAAGUUUAAUCAAUGGUUUAGAUGUACUUCAUCAACAAAUACAAAUACACCUCAACAACAACAACCUAUAAAUAAUAAUCAAUGUAAUAGUUCUACUACCACUUCAAUUUUAGUUUCAAACAAAUGUUGUUCAUUUGAUGGAUGGAAUAUUGAUAGUAAGAGGAUUGAAUGGGCAAUUGAAAUGUUGUCCAAGAAUUUAAAGUCGAUUGAGAUCCAAUCGACAUUUGCAUUCCAUCAUGAAGAGUCGCUCGAUUUGUCUUGGCGAUUGAUCGAAGCGGCCAAAUCGACGUUGGAGAGGGUGGUCAUCAAGGCAUCCGAGCCAUUUGCACAUAUCCACCGUCUACCACAAUCCAUCACUUCACUUGUAGUCCAAUUCCACCAAAAUAUGAUUCCACACGACGACCUCAUCGCCUAUGUCUGCAGUCUCUCAAAGACACUGCGUAGCUUUGAGAUUGGAUUCUCUGAUUUUGGUACUGUCUCUUAUUCAUUUAGUGUCACCAAGCUUUUGAUGCAGAGUAAACCAGAGUGUCUUGAACGUCUGGCGAUAUGCGGUGUUCGCAUCCGUUGCCCCGACAUCUUUUUCGAACAACUAGCCAACAUUAAAACACUACGAUGUCUCAAAAUCGAGUAUCUGGCAGAGACUGAUGAAGACACAUUCAACGCAGCUGCCACCAAGUACCUGUCACACACCAACAUGCAACUAGUGUCACUCCAACUACCAUUUGAAGUCGACAAGACCCUUCUCAACGUUUGCAACACUCGUUCAACACUCACUACACUCAAGGUAUACCCGAGUACCGAAAUGAUUGCAUUUACCAGUCCGAGUUUAACAAAACUCAAUCUUCUUGGUGAAGACAUCACCAUUCCAGUUAUAUUAUCAUACAUUAAUUUAAAUAUUUAUUCAUCCAUUACAUCAUUAUCACUAAGUUUACAACAAAUCAUUGAAGAGCAACAACAAGAUCAACAACAAAAAGAUUGUUCAACAAAAAUGGAAAUUGAUAAUUGUCAAAUGGAAAUUGACAGUCAACAUCAUCAUCAACAACAACAACAACAACAACAACAAUUUAAUGGUAAACAUAAUCACCAAUGUACAAAGACAUAUAUACAAUAUUUAGGCAUUUUUAUAACGCACAACAAAUCAAUUCGAAGACUUUGUUUAAGAAAUAUAGAUUAUCACCUUGCAGGACCACUUUUCCAUGCACUUCAAUCGAAUCAAUCAAUCGAAUCACUUGAUCUUCAAUUUGAAGAUUUCGCAACUCCACCAUUUUCUUGUAAUUCGACAACAUCAGCAUCAGCAGCCUCCGCCGCCUCAGUAGCUUCAUCCUCAACCAAUUCAUGCGCAACAGCAUUUCCAGAUAAAUGCGACAAGAUUAGACAAUGUCAUAUCAUAUUGAUGCAACAUUUAUUCUCUUCUCUCAAACUCAACAAAUCGAUUGAGUAUUUAAUGGUGUGGCUGGAUAAUAUGGUCCCACUUGCUCAUCAAUAUCAACGCUACCAAUUUUCAAUUUUAAAUCAAACUGAAAACAUAGUAUCUUUUACAAGAUUAUUAAAUCCAAUUGGAUAA